AUGCCACCGCGGCGGCGCGAAAUCCCCCCGGAGAGCUCGUGGCGCCUCGUCGAGGGCGAAAACGACAGCUUCGACACCAGCAUCAUCGACCCUUCGCUCGACGAUGAGCUGAGCCCUCCCUCAAGCGCCGUGCCCUCGUCAGGGCUGCCCACCCAGUCCUUUUCGCAGAGCAUGAGCAGCAUGGACAGCGCGGGCUUUGGGUCGCAAGACAGCAUCCGCGACUUUGCCAACUUCCAGAACGAGGAGGACGUCAUCUUACGGGAGCCCUUCCGGCCCACCGUCCCCUCGAGCGUCGCCACGUCGCAGCGCACCUCAUAUCCGCGGCCCGACAUGCAGUUCCGCAUGCCGCUCGUCGAGGCCAACAAUCUCGUCGCGAGCGAAGCGUCGCGAAGCGCUAGAACCGCCGACGAGGAUACGGAGGAGGGCAGCGUGUGGGAUGAUGAGCAAGAGCAUCUCCAGCGCGACGAGGGCGAUCCGCGUCCAGGGUGGGACUCGGAGGGAGAGUAUGCCAAAUUGCUGAAGCAGCAAAACGAGGCCAAUGGCAGCUACGGCGCGUCAAGCUCGUCAAGGUCCAGCUUCUCCGGCCGAUUACUACGAGUCUUGCGUUACACGGCAAUACCCGCCGCAAUCGUCAUGGCCGCAUAUCUAUUCCACACCAAUGGCAUCUCCUUGGACAUCGCCCGCGACAGAAUCCAGUCCUUCUCCCUCAAGUCCCUACACGACAUUCCAAGCGUUUCCAACUUCCAGAUGCCAUUCUUUGAGGUCGAAACAUCUGGCCGUGCAGCUUCAGCCUCGUUCAUCGACUUUACGAGCCUCAUGGACGUUCAAUCGGGCUUUGAGAGCGUGCUGGACAAGAUGACCCAGGGGCUCGCUAUGCCCCGUGAACUCAAGGAGUCAGAGAUGGUCACGCGGAAUCUGAGAUCGCUCCUCAAGACGAGCGAAGGCGCGGGCAGCGAGGAUCUGAUGUCGGAGCUCAAUGGCUACAUUGAAAAGGUCGGCCGCGCAGCCGCGGCCAUGCAGACGUUCCACAUACACGUCGGGUCGACCGUCGACUCCGUCAUCAACAUCAACCGCUGGACCCUGCGCCACAUCAACUCCCUGUCCAUGGAACCCGAGGCCCCCACGCUGCCCCCCGUCAUAGCAUGGGCCAUCCGCCCACUAAGCAUCUUCAGGUCAUCGAGACAGGACGGCAACGACAAGGCCCUGUGGGACAAGUACUCGGAGCACGUCGUCCUCGUCCAGGACCGGCUGGACAAGCUGCUCGAGGAAGGCAAAGCCCUCUCGCUGCUCCUCCACCAAGGCCAGGCCCACCUGAGCGCAAUCAACGAACAGGCCGAAGAGCGCCUCUCCAGCGCCGGCGGCAAGGCCCGCCCCUCAUCCGGCUCGUCAUUUCUGUCCGGCGUCUGGGCCUACCUCGGGCGCUUCGUGGAGGACAGGCACAGCUUUCGCGAGGAGAUUGCGCUGCUGAAGAAGGCGAACGCGCAGUACGCGGCGAUCCUCUCCCACCUCCUCUCCUUGAUUGAGAACCUCAAGGACAUCCAGCUCUAUCUGGGCGACCUGCUCAAGCGAGACGCUUCCUCCUCCGUCGUUUGGGCAGACGAAGCCGGAGCUCAGCAGCAGACUACGACGUUGGGUGAGCAAUAUGAAAUCAUCAAAAAUGCCCUGGAAAGGCUGGAGCGGGCGAGGGAAAAGGCUGCCGAGGGCGAGAAACAACACGAGGCUGAGCCAUCAUCACAGCAGGAAGCUGAAACUAAGCGUCCAAAAGACGCCGACGACGCUGAUGCCGAGACAAAAGAAGACGAUGCCAUGUAA